AUGGCCAACAUCGACUGGGAACGGGGCGAGUCGGCAGGCUUGGUCCCUCUGCAACCCGGACAUCGGCUCUUCGUGUCUGUCUACGGACCAGAUCGCGUGCCCGGGACUCCAAUCGUCAUCUUCAUCCCAGGAGUAGCUUGCAGCAUCACCGAAUGGGUCGUUGUCCGCCGCCUCCUCCAACCAGCUAUUCGCACUCUCCUGUACGAGCGAUCGGGAAUGGGGCCAUCGGACGAAUCGCCCGAGCCUACCACAGCAUCUAGCAUGGCCCUCGAGCUGGACACUCUGCUCAGAACACUGGGCAUUGCGCCGCCUUACGUGAUUGUGUGCCACUCAUACGGUGGGAUAAUUUCCCGGGAAUUUAUCGAGCUGCGCGAAAGGGACAAACGCGUUGAGGACGUGGUCGGGAUGGUCUUGGUGGAUGCGAACCAAGAAGAGAGUACCGCGCUCUGGCCGGACUCCAAUCUCGAAGCACUCGGACAAGGGCUGGACUGGUACACCGUAGUGGGGCUCUCCAAAGCUCGGGUUCUGACAGAUACCGAAUGGCGAGCUUUUUUGGAUGAACAAGCGAGUGAGAAGCACCAACGUACUGCAAAAAGGGAAAUGGAGCACUAUGUUGACAGUUGCGCGGCAUUGGGCGCAAAACACCAGCUUGACCGAGAUCCUCCCUUGUUAAAUAGGUCUCCUGUGAGUGUUUUGAAAGGACACCCGGAGCUGGAUCUGCGCAAAGCUUUUGAGGCUGGCGUUCUGGCUGGAAAUGGCACUCCUGAGCAGAGGCGCCACUUCUCCGAGAAACUUGCUGCCUACCCUGCCACCCAUCGGAAGUUUCAACGAGAAAUACUUGGUCUGUCUAGGAACCACCGGUUUGUAGACGUCGAGGGGCACGGCCACUUUAUUCAUAUGACAGCACCGGAUGCGGUCGUGGAGGAAGUCAAAUGGGUGCUGCAGAGCGUUUGA